UGAUUUAUGUCUGUGGUUUUUUCUGGUAAAAUUGCAGUUCCCAGUUCUCCUGCUCUGGCCCUGCUGCAAAAGAUUUGGGCAGGAAGCCAAAAGGGCAUCUGGGAUAAACAACGUGCCUGCUGCCGUCCCUGUAUUCCAGGUGCUCUGGCGGGUCUGUCUGUGACAGUCGCGGUGUGGACGGGCCCGACACUGUCUCUGACAGGCAGGCAGCCGAGCUGGUUCCAUUAGGUUGUGACUAAUUGGAGAAAAAUGAAUUUGAAGAAAUGCGUCAUUUUUAGAAGUAAAAAUAACAAAUGGAACAUGAAAAGUAUUUAAAGUGACAUCAUCAGAGAAAUAAAACCAGAGCCACACAAUUGAUUGCCACUCGCGGAGGGUUUGCAGUAAAACAUGCCUCCGGCUCGUAAGUCCGGGGAAGCUCCACUCAGGGGCUUCUCCGAGGACGCUCCGCGUGAGUGAAGGUGAGUGAAGGUGAACUAUGGGACGGUCGCUUCUUGAUCAGCCCCUCUGCUGGACGUUCAUUCCUUUAGUCACUGGCUGCGUCUAUAUUUUACAGCUACGGCUCCAGCAGAGAAGGACCCGUGAGCAGCUGGCAGACCAAGGCAUCAUGCCACCACUGAAAAGCCCAUCUGCAUUCCAUGAACAGCGAAAAAGUCUGGAGCGAGCCAAGACUGAAGAUUAUCUCAAGCACAAGAUCAGAAGCAGGCCUGAGCGCUCAGACCUGGUCAACAUGCACAUUCUGCAAGACUCGGCUGCAGAGGGGUCCAUUCAGUCGACUCAAAUGAAGCUGAAAAGAGCCCGACUGGCAGAUGACCUCAAUGAAAAGAUCGCUCUCAGGCCGGGUCCUUUGGAGCUGGUGGAGAAGAAUAUUAUUUCCGUUGACUCUGCUGUGAAAGAGGCCAUAAAAGGUAGUGAAAGGAAAGGCACCCAGGGCAGCUUCCCCUGCCCGGCCGACGCCUUCGCCUUCGAGGAAGAGGACAGCAGCACGGACGGGCUGUCCCCGGAGCGGCCCCGCAGCCGCGGCUCCCCGGGGCCCGCAGAGCCGCCCGCUGCCUCCAGGGACCCAGAGCCGCCCCCCGGCGCUGCCGGGACACCGCAGGAUCAUCCCCCCAGUGCCGAUGGCCACGCUCCGGACCCAGCCUCGGGGCAGGGCAGCCAGUGUGACAGCCCCAAGCAGACGGGGGGGCAGGACAGCCCCACGCUCCCCGUGCCCUCUGCAGUGAAGUCCAAAUCAUCCACUGAUAGCAAGAACCGUCACAAAAAGCCCAAGGACACGAAGCCCAAAGUGAAGAAGCUCAAGUACCACCAGUACAUCCCUCCAGACCAGAAGGCAGAGAAAUCCCCUCCACCCAUGGAUUCUGCGUAUGCCAGACUGCUCCAACAACAGCAGCUCUUCCUGCAGCUCCAGAUCCUCAGCCAGCAGCAGCAGCAGCAGCAACAGCACUUCAGCUACUCCGGGAUGCACCAAGGACAGCUAAAGCAAUCGAAUGAACAAAUGGUCAAAAGUUCAAAUUCUUCAUCAACUUCUGUCAACAACACCCCUCUUUCUCCAGUGAAAACCACCUUUUCAGGCCAGACUUGUGUCUCAUCUAUCAAGCCAGGCCCUCUGCCAUCCAACCUGGAUGAUCUCAAAGUGUCAGAGCUGAGGCAGCAGCUCCGAAUACGAGGUCUGCCUGUGUCAGGUACCAAGACAGCACUGAUGGAGCGUCUGCGGCCCUUCCAGGAGUGCGGCAGCAACGCGGUGCAAAACUUCAGUGAGAUCACCACCGUCACCUUCCCCGUCACUCCAACAAGCACGCUGUCGAGUUACCAGUCGCAGUCCUCCACCAGCAUGUUAUCAAAUGGCUUCUACCACUUUGGCAGCACCAGCUCCACCCCACCCAUCUCACCCGCCUCCUCUGAUCUCUCUGUGAGCGGCUCUUUGCCAGACACUUUCAAUGAUGGGCCCAUGUCUUCCCCGCAGUUCGGUCUCCAGCCAUCUCCAGUUCAUGGCAGUGCUGAAGAAAGCCUCAUGAGCAGCAUGAACGGAGGGAGCAUCCAGCUGGAACUGGAAGGAAUUGACACAGAGAAAGACAAGAUGCUGGUGGAGAAGCAGAAGGUCAUAAAUGAACUGACGUGGAAGCUGCAGCAAGAGCAGAGGCAGGUGGAAGAGCUGCGGAUGCAGCUCCAGAAGCGAAAGAGAAGCAAUGGCCUUGAGGAGAAGCAGCAGACUGCUCAGCAUUUCUUUGGUGUCCCCAUCAAGCAAGAAAACGCUGUGUCCAGCUGUCCAUUUGCAUCCAAACAAAAGACCUUGAAAGGCCAGGCAGGCAGCUCGGACAAGCUCAGUAACCGUGCGGUGCCGCAGGUGCCCCACAUUGUAAACAGCCACUGCUUGGAGCCUGCGGGGCAAAGCACCAUCACCUCCUCGACAUUCCUGAGCCCGCAGUGCUCCCCCCAGCACUCUCCCCUCGGGGCUGCCAAGAGCCCCCAGCACAUCAGCCUCCCGCCGUCCCCCAACAGCCACUACCUGCUCCCGGUGUCCCCCGUGCCCGCGGACGGGCACAGCGGGUCCCCGACCGGCAGCUCCUGCCUCCGCACAGCACCGCAGAUGGCUGUGCAGGCAGGUCAAAAGUUUUCUAUUCCAUCCCCAAGUUUUUGUAAGUCAAGCCCAGCCCUGUCAGAGGUAAAGCAGCCUCCACCCUAUGAGGAUGCAGUGAAGCAGCAGAUGACACGAAGUCAGCAGAUGGAUGAGCUCCUGGACGUGCUGAUUGAGAGUGGAGAAAUGCCAGCCACUGCCAAGGAAGAUCGGUCCUGCCUCCAGAAAGUACCUCAGAUAACGGUGUCUCCAGGGAGCACUGGUGCCUCUCUCCCCAAGCCCCCAGCCCCCUUCGAGCAGGUCCCCCCCGCGCCGCUGCCCUUUGAGCACUGCCCGGGCAGCAGCGAUGCCCACCUCGAGGUGCUGCUGAACAGCCCCCUGGGCAGGGUCAGCGACAUGGCCCUGCUGAAGAUGGGGACAGAGGAGCCCCACUUUGAGGGGAUGAUGGAGGGGUUCUCUGGCAAAGCCGCAGAUGAACUGCUCAACUCCCAGGAGAUUUUACAGACUCCCCUCUCGCCCAUGGAAACCCAGCUCUCCCCUUCCCCUGCCGAAGGCUCCAGUUUACAAAUGAGUUUCACUGAGUCUCCAUGGGAAACGAUGGAGUGGCUGGACCUCACCCCCCCCAGCUCUGCCACCGGCUUCGGGUCACUCACCCCCGUGGGUCCCAGCAUCUUCAACAUCGAUUUCCUGGAUGUUACCGACCUCAACCUGAACACCAGCAUGGACCUGCACCUGCAGCAGUGGUGAAGGGAGGUGCUGGGGUGGAUGCUGUGAGCCUGCAGCAGGCAGUGCAGUGUUUCUGUCGUGCCGGAAAACAUGCGGAGCUAACGUGCCUCAUCCAGGGGAAACUGGAGUCAUUUUCCCAGCAUAUAAACUUCUUUGAAUUUCCCGUCACUGCAAAUUGACAGCACAACUCUGACACUUUGGUUUUCCUCCAUUGACACAUCCCAACAGAGGACACCAGUGCCUGAAAAAACACUUCCUUUGAUUGACAAGAACUUCAGUUUUCUUUCUUUAGUCUUUCCCCCCCAGUUUUAGUAGUCACUCUCAUGAGAACUGGAGCAGCUUAUGACAAGACUGCAUGGUGAGAUGACCUCACCUGGGUGGUAACAGGAAAUCAUGGAGCAAAGAGCCCAAUGUUGCCCUCUCCUCUCCUCUCCUCUCCUCUCCUCUCCUCUCCGAACCUCUCCGAACCUCUCCGAACCUCUCCGAACCUCUCCUCUCCGAACCUCUCCGAACCUCUCCGAACCUCUCCUCUCCGAACCUCUCCUCUCCGAACCUCUCCAAACCUCUCCCUCUCCCUGUCCCUCUCCCUCUCCCUGUCCCUCUCCCUCUCCCCCUCCCUCUCCCUCUCCCCCUCCCUCUCCCCCUCCCCCUCCCUCUCCCCCUCCCUCUCCCUCUCCAUCCAGGCUCUCCAGACAACCCUGCUGACCUCACCUUGGCUGUGCCCAGGCCAUGGCUGUGGAGCAGGAGGCUCUGCACAGCCUUGUCUCUUGCCUUGGCUCCUGCUUCCCUCCUGCCCCGAAGCCGCAGUGCCCAGUCCUUGCCCAGCUCUGCUCCAGGGGGGUGAGAGAUGGAGACCACCAUGUUCAUGGUGGCACCUUGGCAUGUGCUGAGGGGCAAAAAGCCCAGGAGCCAUCGUGGCUGCAGUCUGAACUGGAUCAGGCUGUGACCUUGGAGCAGAGAGCUGUGGAGGUUGGAGGCAGGUGUUCAGGAGGCGGGUGCAGGUAUCACAGGGAUGUGCCAUCCCAGUGGAACGGCUGUGUGCCACAUCCAUGGGACACACAGACAUGUGUGAUGUAUUUUGGUCCAAGGUAGGAGCAAAUGGUAUGAAAGAACCAGCUGGGCUUUGGAGGGGCUGUUCUGUUCACAGCCAGGUCAGGGUGAUCUUCAUUCCCCGCCUGAUCCAGGAGCAAGGGGAGCCAGACAGGGACACUCAGUGACCGGCACAUGGAGCAGGGCUGUGGGUCUGUGUGAGCCUCUGCUUGUGCUGCCUCCCCUCCUCUGCCAUCUACCCUCCAUCCUUCUGCCUAUUCCUCAGUCCUCAGCAGUCAUCCCCUUCCUCCCGAGUUUACUCGAGUGUCACUGCUCCCCCAGCCCGGAGCAAGGCUACCGGAGAACAGCUGUGAAUCACCGAGCCUGGAGGAGCCCGUUCUCCCAAAGCCGGCAGAGAAGGAAGCUCUCCCGCAGUGAUGCUCCCAUUUGGAAUCACCAGCAUGUCUCCUAUGAGUCUCUGUGCAAUAUUCUUCCUCAGGCUCUAGCAAGAAGGAGCCUUUGCUUCACUUCUUAGCUUCCACCAAAGAACUUGCUGCAGACUGUGUGACGGACACGUCUGUUCUUUGCAAUUCUGGUUUUGCCUAAGUAAAUAUUGUUGUUGACAAAGAUUGUUAAACUAUUUACAGACUGAGUGUAUUUAAUAUUUGUGUUACUGGAAGGACAGCACACGGAGAUGCAGCCACUGGGAGGAGGUUCAGCCUGGCCAUGGCUCCCGUGGCACUUCCCCAGGGAUGCUGGAGCUGUUGGAGGUGGCUCUGCAGCCCCGGUGGGGUCCCCAGUCCAUGGUGUUGUUGCAUGCUGUAUAAAGCACGUGGCAGUAGCUUUCAAGUCACUAUUUAAACCACCACUUUUCUACUGUACAAAUGUCACAGGGCACUGCUAGGAUAGACAAUCACAGGUUGCCUUUUUUUAAAAAGAAUUUCUUUUUCUAAGUGAGAGAUUUUUAGAAGCCAGUCUGUGGAGAAUAUUCAGAGCACUUGACCCAGAGUAGUGUUAGCUGCUCCACUGCAGCCUUGUACAGGGCUCUCCAGGUAACUUUCUCCUCUCAGCAAAUGUAUUUCCUUAUUUAAAGGGAUGCUGUCAGCUUCAAACCUGUAAGCAAGCACAUUUCCUUACCUAUGUUACCAGCAACACUUUCAUUAUUAAAACCCUUGUCUUGCCA